AUGCGGCAAAAUCAAGAGAGUGCUGGAGGGCGACGUAACAGUAGUGGUGCAGGCAAUCAUCCGAAUAUUGUUAGUGGUGAUGGAGGUGAUGACCACAUACAACAACAACACUCUUCAUAUCAACAACAAGGCGAUGUUAAUAGUAGUAAUAAUAAUAAUAGUACCACUCGGGGAUAUAUACCCUUGGAAGAACCUAUUGAAUCGGAAGGUGAUUAUGGGCCGUAUGGAGAUUCAUCGAGGGAUAUUAUUCGAUCAUUUGAUAGAAAGGACAGUAGUAGUGAAUAUCAUGAGGAUUUUCAACAUGCUUUGAAUUCAUCUUCUUCACUAAAGAGAAGAAAAAGAUAUUCUUUGAGAUUUGAGGAUCAAGAUGAAAACGAAGAUGAUAUUACUGUUGAUGGAGAAAAUGAAAUUGAAGUUAAAAAAUCCAUUAUGAAUACCAUGUUUGGUAUUAUGCCUUUUGCAGGUCACGUAACUGUAAGAGACAUUAAUGAAAGAAGUGAAAAGGUUAAAACCUUGUAUGAACAAGUGGGUGAUCUUAAACCAGAACAAGUGAAAAAACCUGAAAAGAAUAGAAUGAUUUCAUUCGGAAAUAUUGUUUACUCAUUACUUUGGGGAUGGUGGUUAUUUUUGAGUUAUAUCUUUGUUGCCUUAUUGUGUUAUUUGACAAUAUUUUGCAUUCCAUAUGGAAAUAAGUGUUUAUCUAUGGCUUUUUAUUAUUUCUGGCCAUUUGGUAAAUAUAUUGAGCGAAUUGUUCCUCACAACCAUGCUGUUAAUUCUGAAAAUAGUUCACUGAUGCCAAAUGAGUCAGAAGAAGUGUACUAUGAUGAGAAUGCAAGAGAAUCAGGUGGUAAAAAGUUUUUAAGAAUUGUUGGUAUGGUGAUUUGGUGCAUUUUCCCUGCUCCAAUUUUAUUUAUUGUGCACUGCGUAUGCUGUGUACUUUCUUGGCUUACUGUAUUUGGUAUACCCACUACCAAAGUCCAGUUCCAUGGUUUAAAGCUUUUAUAUAAGAGCUUUUUAGAGCUCCAUGUUAGUGACGAGUUUCCACCAAAUGUUGAAAGUGAUAUCAUGGUCUGUACAUACCAAGCUUUCAAUCUUUACUAUUACAAGUAUUCCUUGUUUGGUGCUAAUGUUUUAUUGUUCAACAUGCUUCCUUUCGUACCACUUAGUAUUGUUUUAGGGUUUGCUUUCAGUGAUGAAUUUGUUGAGGAAUAUGGUGUUGGAAUUUUUGUUACUUGUAUUUUAGCUGUCAUUCCAUUGAGUUAUUACAUUAGUAAGGCUGUCAGUUCUAUUUCAGCACAGAGUAACUAUGUUGUGGGUGCUUUCCUUAAUGCUUCUUUCGGUUCAGUUGUUGAAAUUAUUCUUUACUUUGCCACUCUUUACAAGGGUAUGAGUGCGAUUGUCAUGCAAGCCGUUACAGGAUCAUUUUUGGGUGAUACUUUGUUGAUUCCUGGACUUAGUAUGAUAUUUGGAGGUUUCAAACAUAGAGUUCAAUAUUUUAACAAACAUGCUGCAGGUACCUCAUCUCUUUUAUUGCUUGUCGCUACCGUUGGUUGUUUUGUUCCUUCAUUAUUCUACACAAUUUAUGGCAAUUAUGAAUUAACCUGUCUCAGUUGUGUAGAUUUGGCUAUCUUUUUCAAUAACACUGCAAAUGGCACUGCUUCACUCCCUUACCCAGGUGGUCAAAAUAAUACUGGAAACGGUACAACAGUUCCAUACCAUCUUGCCUGUCAAAAUUGCAUCUAUGUAGAGAAGGACUUUACUAAAGAUCCAAUUUAUCAACAUAAGGCAAAACCAUUAGCCUUAACUACAGCUGCAAUUCUACCACUUGCCUAUCUUGUUGGUUUGAUUUUCUCACUCAAGACUCACAACAAGUAUUAUCUCAGAGCUCCAAAGGUUGAUGAAGAAGAUAAUGAUGGUACAGGAAAGACUCCAGGUGGUCACGGUGCUGCUGAAUGGCCUCGUUGGGUUUGUGUACUCAUUCUUCUCAUUGCAACAAUAGCAUUUGCUUUUGUCGCUGAAGCCAUGACAAAAUCUCUAGAGCCAGCAUUUGAACCUCUGGGUAUUCCAUUAGAGUUUGCUGGUCUUACGAUUUUCGCUCUCGUUCCAAAUAUUUCAGAAAUUGUCAGUGCUAUUAAGUUUGCAUUACAAAAUAAUGUUACAUUAUCUUUGGAAAUUGGUAAUGUUGCUGGUAUUCAAACAGCUUUAAUCCAAAUUCCAGCUCUUGUUAUUUUCAGUACUAUUAUUUUCCAAGAAGACAUUACAAAGGUAUUUUCUCUUACAUUCCCAAGAUUGGACUUGGUAGCUAUUUUCUUUGCUGUAAUCAUUCUUAAUUAUGUUACCAUUGAUGGUAAAUCCAAUUAUUUCCAUGGUUUCAGCUUGUUAGUAGUCUAUCUGAUUAUUGUGAUAUCAUUCUUCUUUGCCUAUUUCUAAAUAAAUUAAAAAUUGAAAUUAUUUGUC